ACGAGCAAUUGCGAUAUACUAAUCUCUCAAGUGAUUCUUUAAGUCUCAUGCGGACCAGAUUAAAUAGUGUGUGACACGUCGCACGAAAUCUUUCCCCUAACAGUAGCUUCUAGAAACGAGGAUACUACCCAGUUUUUAUACCUCUCCCAAUUCCGUCUGCUCAAUUCUCGCUGGUUUUUGUCCGUCACCGAUUCUCCCGAGAGGAGGAAAAAUGGCAGGUUCUCAUAUUGCCCAUGCUGCAUACAAGGGUCCAAGUGUGGUGAAGGAAAUACUGAUUGGGAUUGCACUUGGCAUCGCCGCGGGAGGCUUGUGGAAGAUGCACCACUGGAAUAACCAGAGGAGGACCAAGGAAUUUUAUGAUAUGCUUGAGAAAGGUGAGAUCAGUGUUGUGGUGGAUGAAGAGUAGCGCCUUUCCUCCAGUAUGAAACCAGCAAGCAUACUUGGUCUAAGAUAGUAAUGUAAAACAAAACUCCUACAGUUCCUUGCUUUACUAGUAACUAGUAAUGUAAAACAAAACUCUUGCUUUACUAGUAAUCCUUGAAUAUUCCUACGAAUGUCCUUAACUUGAGAAAUGUGAUGUUUGGGAAUUUUGUAUCCAUACCAUGUAUAUGCUGGUGCUGUGUUGAGGAGAUUUGUGUCUUGUUUGUUCAA